AUGCCCACCCCACCCGAUUUCAACGACCAGGUGCCCCAGGAUUAUCAAGAGUUCUUCGACUGGGACCCCUUGUACCGGGACACCGACAACGUACACCAACCCGAGCCCGGACCCUCCUCUCGCAUCCUGCCUCUUGCGCCCGCGCCCCAUGCCGACCGUAUGGAUUAUCCUGCCCCGGACAACGCUCAUGCUAGUGUUGGUCACUUCGUCUUAUCACAGCAACCUGCGUCUGCUGCCGGAGUACAGCUCAGCAAUCCCCCGAUGAGCUCGGACGCCAACACACUACCCGGCUACGAGUCGCCUCCUCUGUCGCUGGAUUCUUCCGCCUUAUCUCCUCAUUCGACCUUGGAUCAGCCCCACAAAUUACUUGGAUACCGCGACGGCCCCUAUUAUGGGGGGUCUACCAGGAACCCCCUUUUUCCGUCCAAAUUCCGCCAUGACGCGCCUUUCAUCAAGCCUCUCUACCGCGCCAUCCACCGGACUGCAUACCAAAUUAUGCUCCGUGACUACGCCAACGAAGCGCCUGCUAGGCAGCAAGAGUUGGCGCUGCGUGCAGCGAAUGCUCAGCUUUCAGAGAUAAUGAAGGGCGUCGAGCAAGACUACGCAAGGACUGCGAGGCGUUUGGAGAUAAGAGGGGAGCUCAUAAGAUUGGUGGUCCCAAAAGCAGAGAGAAGCGCGCAGAAGGUUGCGGAGGAUGCACUACAGGAGCUGCAAGACAAAUUCAGAGAGACAUGA